AUGACACCCAAACUGCGCGUACUCAUAAGUUCCAACCACUCUUACCCACCUACCAUUCCCUGUCCCGUCAAUUCCCCUACACCCACCAAAUUAGAGACCGAGCACUUCUCAGGAGAUAUAUGGGUGUUUAUCAAAGGGUAUAAUGGGGAUUUGAAGAAGGGUGAUGGAGAGGAGUAUUUUAGUGCGAAAGGGAGGGAAGGGAUGAGUUAUGGGAUCGUCGUGAAGGGUAAAUAUAAGAAAUCCUUCAACGCAGAUACAGUAGUAUUCGGAAACGUCUUCGAAAAGCCUAUAAGAGAUAAUUUACCUUGGGGAACAAGUAUAGCAACGAAAUUUAUGUACUUUGUGGAUCCAACGGUAGAAGCUGAUAUAUACGCGGACAAACCUUGGGCUCUGUCGCCUGCUUUGGCUACGAUGGCUCGUCUUUCCCUCGGAGAAAAGAACGAGGGGCCGUAUGUGGAAGAAAACAGUUUGGAAUGGUUGAAAGAGAGCGUACAAGGUGCCGAUGAGAUACCCUCAUAUACCGAUGAUAAAUCUCAGAUAAGCUCACGAAGGAAAUGGUUAACGAAAGCUUCGAAUAGACAGGCUGUAAAGGUUGAUCAAGGGACGGAAGUAGGUAUGGAGUUUUGUAAUGGAUUGUUGGACUUCAACACCCUCUCUGCCACUCUCCCAUACCCAUUCACCCUCCAGAUCCCCCUCCUUAAGUACUGGGACGGUCAACCCGUCACUUACGUAUGUCAGGAUAAACCUACCUCCUACAAAGAUCAGUCGCCUGUAGGUGGAGAGAAUAAGGUAUAUUGGAGUGUGGCGUUCGAAAUUGUUGAUGAAGAGAUUACGAAAGAGUUGAAAGAGAAGGGUGGGAAGGUCGUUAGGCCUGGUGGGGUUGAGGAGGAAGAUAAAGAGGAAGAGCGAGACGAGGAGAAUGAGAAUGAUGAUGUUGAUUGA